AUCUCCUCCGAAUUUCCAUCUUCUUUCACAUUUCAGUUUUCAUCAAAAAUUUGAGAUCUGAUCGCUUUGAUCGUGAUUUGAAAGAACUCAUCAAUGGCGGGUGUGUCAACCCUUCUCAAAUACAAGUUAACAGUUUUGGGCGAUAAAUCCGUCGGCAAAACCAGCAUUAUUACCAGAUUUAUGUAUGACAAAUUCGACAGCACCUAUCAGCGUACAAUUGGCAUUGAUUUCUUGUCGAAAACAGUGCACCUUGAAGAUUUUCCAGUUCGGUUACAACUUUGGGAUACUAGUGGGGAUGAGAGAUUUAGGAGUCUGAUUCCAAGUUAUAUUGCAGAUUCAUCAUAUGUACUUAUUGUGUAUGAUGUUACCAAUCGAAAGUCAUAUUUGAACAUUUCAAUGUGGAUAGAGGAAGUGCGUACAAAGCGAGGAAAUGAUGCGGUUAUAGUCCUUGUUGGGAACAAAACCGACCUUGUUGACAAAAGGCAAGUAUCAAUAGAAGAAGGAGACGGUCAAGCUCGUAAAUUCGGGUGUAUGUUUAUAGAAACUAGUACAAAAGAUGGAUUCAACGUUAGGCAUGUCUUCUUCAGGAUUAUAUCAAAUGUGCGAGAAUAUAAGAAACCCCAUAAUAAUCCGAGUCCUAACUUAAGUAAUCAACAACCAUCACCACAAGAAUCUCAACAGACACCACCAAAUCGACCUCAAGAACAGGAUAUUCAGCCUCAACAUCCGCAACUUGCACUACCCACACCUCAAGCGAGUAGCUCAUGUGAGUCAUUAGAGGAUAUUGUGAAGAACCUCGUGAUCACACAACAACAAUACAUACAGGAUACCCAGGCGAGUUUAAAGAAUCUUGAGAAAGCUAUUGAGCAAUUAGUUGCAUUUGUUGGAAAGUUGGAAGCUAAAGAGUGGUUUCCAAGCCAAACUGAGUUCAAUCUAAAGUAA